AUGGAGAAACUGAACCAGAAACACGCGGCUGAGGAUUUGAUCUCUCUACCGUCAAAGAAGGCUAAGAAGACAGAAGAGACCGGAUGUGAUACUAAAGAUCCGAGAAUCCCCAGUGGGGAGAAGCUUGAGAUUCUUGGAGGUGGAGAAGCCAUAUCGUCCGUUGCUAAUAGAGUGGUGGAAGAAGGUGACUCUAGCUGUGUAAGUGAAGAGAAGAAAGGAUUUGUUUUUGAAGCUGAUGUUGCUGAAGACAAAGGAGCUAGACAGACGAUGGAAGAUGUUUCGGUGGUUUUGCCCGAUGCUUCUCUGGAUUUUCCAGGGAAACUAAGGUGUGGUCAUUUUGCAAUUUAUGAUGGGCAUGGUGGUCGUUUAGCUGCAGAGUUUGCUAAGAAGCAUCUUCACAUUAACGUUCUUUCCUCUGGCUUACCACGUGAGUUGAUGGACGUCAAAGUUGCUAAGAAAGCUAUACUUGAUGGUUUCCGGAAAACCGAUGAGUUGCUCCUACAAGAAAGUGUUUCAGGAGGAUGGCAAGAUGGCGCCACAGCAGUUUGUGUCUGGAUAAUCGAUCAAAAGGUUUUUAUUGCCAAUAUUGGUGAUGCUAAGGCUGUUUUGGCACGAUCCUCUUCUACCGAGGAAUCAGGGAAUCAUACAGAAGCAUGUACUCCACUCAAAGCAAUCGUUUUGACGAGAGAGCAUAAAGCAAUAUAUCCACAAGAGCGUUCUCGCAUUCAAAAGUCAGGUGGUGUUGUAAGCUCAAAUGGACGUUUACAAGGGCGUCUUGAGGUUUCUAGAGCUUUUGGUGAUCGUCAAUUCAAGAAGUUUGGUGUCAUUGCAACUCCGGACAUUCAUGCGUUUGAAUUGACUGAGAGAGAAAACUUCAUGAUUCUUGGUUGCGAUGGAUUGUGGGAAGUUUUUGGACCAAGUGAUGCUGUUGGAUUCGUUCAGAAACUCUUGAAGGAAGGGUUACCUGUAAGCACAAUUAGUCGUCGUCUUGUAAAGGAAGCUGUGAAGGAGCGUCGUUGCAAAGACAAUUGCACAGCAAUCGUGAUUGUCUUCAAACGCGGAUAA